UUUCUUUUUAAUCUAAUUUUUUAUUUAUUUAUUUUUACUCUUUCUCACUUCUGCUUUUCCUUCAUCGCCGACACACACUUCCUUAUUCACUCUUCCUUCCCCCAUCUCUGUCUCUGUCCCUCUCUCUCUCUCUCUCUCUCUCUCUCUUCAUUACUCUGCCAAGCUACGGAUCUCACUGCAGCCCAUCACCCACACAGCUUCUCUCUUAUUACGGCCUCCCCUCCCUUCUUCUUCUUAUUCUUCUUUAAUGGCCGCUUCCCUUGGCUUUGAUCUCCAUUCCCCAGAGGUCUCUGUCCUCCUCCCUUGUUAAUGACUGCAAACAAUGGUGGUAAUGAUGACAACCUUAAAGAUGGCUCAGCAAAGGCGGCGUUUUUCUCGCUUUCCAGCUGAUUCGCCAGCUGGGUUCUGGUUCUUGGCCGCGAUCGUGGCCUUUGCUGCUCUGGCUUUAGCCGUCCAUGGCUCCACUGAUCCUUCUGACGUUCAAGGUCUUCAGGUUCUGUAUACUUCAUUGAACAGUCCUUCCCAACUUACCAAUUGGAAAGCAGCGGCGGUGAUCCCUGCGCAGAGUCGUGGAAAGGCGUGACUUGCGAGGGCUCAGCUGUCAUUUCAAUUGAAAUUUCGGGUUUGGGGCUUAGUGGAACACUGGGAUACUUGCUUACAAACCUUAUGUCAUUGAGAAACUUUGAUUUGAGCAACAACAACAUCCAUGAUGCAAUCCCUUACCAGCUGCCCCCAAAUCUCACGAGCCUUAAUCUUGCGGGAAAUAACCUUAGCGGGAAUCUCCCCUAUUCCAUCAGCACCAUGGUCUCUCUUACCUACUUGAACACGAGCCGCAACUCACUUUCCACUUCAAUUGGAGAUGUUUUUGCCAAUUUGACCAAGUUGGGGACAAUAGAUCUAUCCUUCAAUAAUUUGUCGGGAGAUCUACCCAGUUCAUUCACCUCAUUGACAAAUCUCUCUUCGCUGUACUUGCAGAGCAAUCAACUGACUGGUUCGCUUGAUGUAUUUACCUCUUUGCCGCUAACUACACUAAAUGUCGCUAACAAUCACUUCAGCGGAUGGAUUCCUCAAGAACUCAUUUCUAUCCCAACAUUCAUAUAUGGUGGGAAUACUUUUGCAAAUGGGCCGGCUCCUCCUCCACCACCCUACAUGCCACCUCCGCCCGGGAAAUCGCGCGAGAAUCGGACUCGUUCUGGGUCUAGUCCCCCAAGCACAACAAAGGGUUCCGAUAGCUCAACAUCGGGUUCAAGUGAAGGAUUGGCAACUGGAGCCAUUGUGGGUAUAGUUGUAGGUGCGCUGCUCUUGGUCCUAGUCCUGGUUCUAGCCUUUUGCUUUUGCUCAAGAAAGAAUCGGAUGGAGGGCGGCCGUGCCUCCUCCGUCGGAAGUCAGACUACUGCCAAACCUAAUGUAAAUACAGAGCUGCAAGAGCACAGGGUGAAACCAGCAAGUGCCUCUGUUAUAGAUCUGAGGCCUCCACCAAUAGAGAAAUUGGCAGCUGAGAGGGUACAGGGGAAUAAUGGGUCGAUGAAGCGGGUCAACCCCCCCAUUACUGCUACAUCAUACACUGUUGCUGCUCUCCAAACGGCCACUAAUAGCUUCAGUCAAGAAUCUCUUAUUGGUGAAGGUUCCCUUGGUCGAGUUUACAAGGGAGAGUUACCUAAUGGAAAGACAGCGGCAGUCAAGAAGAUCGACAAUGCAGCUCUAUCGCUACAGGAAGAGGACAACUUUGUUGAAGCUGUCUCGAAUAUGUCGCGAUUGAGACAUCCCAACAUAGUCUCAUUGAUCGGCUACUCUGCGGAGCAUGGACAGCGUCUCCUAGUCUAUGAGUACAUAGGAAAUGGGAAUUUGCACGAUAUGCUUCACUUUGUCGAAGAUAGUGGCAAAAUGCUUACGUGGAAUGCCCGCGUCCGGAUAGCCCUUGGCACUGCCCGUGCACUAGAGUACUUGCAUGAAGUGUGUUUGCCUUCGGUUGUACAUAGAAACUUCAAGUCGGCAAAUAUUUUACUUGACGAAGAGCUUAAUCCUCACUUGUCGGACUGUGGUUUAGCUGCUCUGACCCCAAACACUGAGAGACAGCUUUCCACUCAAAUGGUUGGCUCAUUUGGUUAUAGCGCUCCUGAGUUUGCCUUGUCCGGAGUAUAUACCGUUAAGAGCGAUGUGUAUAGUUUUGGAGUGGUGAUGUUGGAGCUCUUGACAGGUCGGAAGCCUCUAGACAGCUCGAGGGUUAGAGCGGAACAAUCUCUUGUGAGGUGGGCCACACCGCAGCUCCAUGACAUAGAUGCAUUGUCUAAGAUGGUUGAUCCUGCAUUGAAUGGCAUGUACCCUGCAAAGUCCCUCUCGCGUUUUGCGGACAUUAUUGCAAUUUGUGUACAGCCUGAACCCGAAUUCAGGCCACCAAUGUCUGAAGUCGUGCAGCAGUUGGUUCGGUUGGUUCAGAGGGCAAGUGUCGUGAAGAGGCGAUCAAGCGAUGAGUCAGGUUUCACUUACAGGACCCCAGAACACGAGGCAAUCGAUAUGUCAUUCUAAUCAACCUGUGGUUCUGCCCUUAGCUGAAGUUUUUUCCUCGUCAAUGAUGCAAAUUUUGAAUACAACUCUGCGAAGGUUAGUUGAUCUGCAGGGUGCCUGAUAAAUGUAUAAUCCCAUGGAGCUUACCAGGAAAAGAAUGUGUGAUUAUUUCUUUUAAAGAUUCUUACUUUCAUUUCUUAUGAUCAUGCAAAUUGAGGUUAUAUAUUUCUGAAUA